AAUAUAUUAUAUACCCAGAUAACAAAAUGCUAGUAGUAUGCUAACAAUAUAUCGACAAAUUCAGUCACAAUUGUAGAGCAAGUUCCUGUCCACUGUAUCUACUUUAAGCUUAGUUUUUGUCAUCAUGACUUGCUAAACAUAAUAUAACAACAGAAAUGCAUCAAAAAUGGAGCAUAUCUUGCCAUCAUAAUGAUGGCAGAAACAUGACAAAAACAGAACAUGACCUGUCAUACUAGUAGCAGAAACUAGUAGCAGAAACAGCAGAAAUCGAACAUGUGCUCUUACGACAUCAUAUCAGAAAUAUGAUGACUGCAGUUGCAAAUUUAGUGUGGCUAUGUUGUGGCGCCGAGCAUGUCUGGGCGUCGACGAUGACUAAUGGCGAAAGACAAUUGGCGGAGAAUCAUAAGUUUCAUGUUCUUCAAGUAAGCUCUAAGAAAAUGGGAUCCGAACAAAGUUCUCAAAAUAGUAACCAAAAUGCUAAUAAUGAAAAAAUAAGAACAAGUCAACUCAGACGUGGUAAAAGCGUUCCAAAUCGUGAAAGAAUACCAGAAGAUACUCCACCGAGAUGUACCAGUCCUGGCGCUAGCAUUUGCUCUGAUUCUGAUCUUCCAUAUAUUUCUUAUACAGUGAAUCGACCUAUUGGAGAUUCACCAAAGAUGACAAAUAAACAAUCACAAAUCUAUAGAGGAAAGAAUAUUGGAACUGGGGAAAUCUCAAGACGGAAGAAUAGUCUAGGCAUAACAAAUCAUAAUUUGCUCUCUUUCCAUGUUGAAAGUCACAAGAAGAUUAAUAUAUUGGACAAGACACACAGUAUCGUAGUGGUAAAGUCAGCUCAAAUAGAUCCUACAGCAGACAAAGAUCCUGAUAUAGUAAAACUACAAAGUAUUCCAAUGUUUCUACCAAUUAUGCGUGGCACAUUGAAUCUACCACCUGGUGUACGCGAUCCAGAGGUCCUUGAGAGGCUUGAUCCUGUUGGUCUGUUCAAUCUAUGUGCACGUUACCAACAUCAUCUAAAUACAAAUGCGCAGAUUAUAGCAGCAGAACAAGUUACUCUAUGUACUAGUAUGGAAACAGAAUUUGGCAAGGUAUUAAAUCUCGCUGUGGAUCGACAAAAGAAAUUCGUUAAAUUUACAGAACAGAUAAAUAAAGUGCACGAGCUUAGCCGUCAGCUAACUAGAUGUCACUCGCUUCUCAAUCAAACCCUUGAAAGUCUCGAAACGCUCAACAAUCUAUUACCAAUUGAAGAGAGGCUUGAGCCCUUUGUCUGGACUACAGGUUAAAUAUAUCCAAUAUAAGAAAGAAA